AUGCUACUCACCUCACGCAAAACAGCCCAGCGACUCAAAGAAGCGGACGUCAUCCGCAUCCUCCAGCAGAGCAAACCAUGUGCCCAGCUGUUCCCAGACUAUAAAACAACCGCAAUUCAGUUAGGGCCUAGUCUUACAGCGUGCGUAGCAGCAAUUACUCCCCCCAACUUCGGACGGAAGUUGAAUCGAGUCGUCGGGUACGGGAUGGGGGGAUCGAUAUCUAAAGAGAAGCUUGGUGAAGUAGAGACUAUGUUCGUGAAGAAUGGAGUGGAUAUGGAAGGGGUGCAGAUAUCCCGUGUUGGACCUGAAGAUGCGGAGGAAUUUGUGAGGCAAGUCGAUCAAUGGGUAUCAAGAUCUAUGCCGGGCUGA